GUUCCUUGUCACUAUGGCGGCUCCCUUGAGUCUGUUAGUGGUUGUAGCUGUUACAAUCCGCGCUGCUCUUUUUAGUUCCAGUUUAGCGGAUUUAAUAGCAGAGAGAGUGGAGGUGGUUUCUCCGCUCAAUGCCUGGAAAAGAGUGGUUGAAGGAUUGGCUCUCCUCGAUCUGGGAGUCUCGCCGUACUCUGGAGAUGUUUUCCAUGAGACUCCUCUCAUCAUUUACCUCUUUCACUUUUUGGUGGAUUAUGCAGAAAUAACAUUUAUAGUAGCAGAUGGGAUCACUGCUGUGGCUCUCUACAUUGCAGUGAAGGACUACAACAAACAAGUGUUCAGAAAACAGAAAUUUGCCUUGGAGGCGGACCGGUAUCCAAUGGAUUGUCUGGAGCUGAUCAGAAGCCCCAAAGAGAUGUACUACAUCCCUCUGAAAGUAGCCACGUUUUACCUGUUGAACCCGUUUACCAUCCUGUCCUGUGUUGCCAAAUCAACCUGCGGUCUAAAUAACGCCGUCAUUGCCCUCUUCAUCCUCUCCACCGUUAAAGGAAGUGCUUUGCUGAGUGCGAUAUUUCUGGCUUUGGCCACCUAUCAGUCCAUCUAUCCUCUCACCCUGUGUGCUCCAGCGCUGCUGUAUUUGCUGCAGCGUCAGUACAUCCCGGUGAACUUUCGGCGAUUCAGCUUCUGGUGGUUUGUUGUGCAGUUUGCCUUCAUGUACCUGGGCAGCCUUUUCGUCAUCAUCUGCCUCUCCUUCUUUUUACUCGGCUCCUGGGACUAUCUGUCAUCAGUCUACGGCUUCAUCCUCUCUGUGCCCGAUCUGACCCCCAACAUCGGUCUUUUCUGGUAUUUCUUUGCCGAGAUGUUCGAACACUUCCGCCUCUUCUUUCUCUGCGUCUUCCAGAUCAACGUUUUCUUCUACACCAUCCCGUUGUCAAUCAAGCUCAAAGAGCAUCCGGUGUUUCUCAUUUUCAUGCAGCUCGCGGUGAUCUCCAUCUUUAAGUCUUACCCCACUGUGGGUGACAUUGCGUUCUACUUGGCCUUCCUUCCUGUUUGGAGUCAUCUGUACAGAUUCUUAAGAAAUAUCUUCCUGGUGUCCUGUGUCCUGCUGGCCUGUUCGGCUCUGUUUCCUGUACUGUGGCACCUCUGGAUCUAUGCCGGCAGCGCCAACUCCAACUUCUACUAUGCUAUAACUCUACUCUUCAACGUGGCACAGAUCCUGCUGGUAUCGGAUUAUUUCUACGCCUUCUUGAGAAGAGAACAUCAUCUCACCUACGGAUUGUACCUGAAAAGGAAAGAUGGCUCCGAGGCCACACUGGUACUCAAAUAAAACAUGUUUUCUUCCUCACCCGGCCGGCAGCUUCGACCUAAAAAGGAGAAACAGGAACUGGCGAGGACAAGAGCACACAGCUCCUCCAGCAGAACAUUCAUAUUCACACACACACAAACAUGGAACGUGUACCUGGUACAGAACUGAGGUCCCAACAUGCUACCGGACAGGUGUGACGUGUAAUGUAGACAUGUCACUGGCUGGCUGUCAGGCUCCUCCCACAUGAAACCAGAACUUCAUGAUCCUUUUAUAACUUCAUGAUCAUGGGAUCUUAUUCUGAAGACACUCUACACCUGUGGUUGGGGAUUUGUUUACUCGACGGAUUUGCAUUUUUGACACACCCGUUAUUCUUUAUCUCUCCCCCUUGGAAGACUUUUAUUUUAAAGGAUCAUAUCUACAGUUGUAUGCAAAAGUUUGGGCACCCCUGAUAAGUUUCAUGAUUUUCAUUUAUAAAU